CGGCGUUGUGCGUUUCAAACAGAGCUUGGUGUGGAGGACACCGUCGGUGGUGUGCAGGUAGGGCGUGUGUGACUCAGUGUCAGGUAAGAUGUUAGAUUUUUGGUACCUUGGUCUCUUGGACCAGAUGCUCCACAGCACAGAUGCACGUAUCGAUGACUGUCACCAGCCGACGACGUGGAGCAAAACUGAGACUUUCAGCGGCAAUUUCUGUGAAAUCAGUUUGGAUUUCGGUACGGGCGUGCAAAUGCACGGUCCGUGCUGCAGCCUCGGGAGUGCUGAUGUAUUUCGUGUUCAUUUGCACGGCAAACAGCCGUGUGUUAUUUCAUCGUGAUCUCCACGAUGAGCUAUUGUAAAAUACGUCAAAAUAACCGUGCAAGCGCAGAGGGAAACGCUGUGAUUUCCUGGAAGAGAACCCAGCAUGAUAUCUGAGGAAUCAGGAGCACUCUCAGCUUACUCGCAGCGUCCCUGCCUGCACACUGUCUCUGCAUCGUAGGGCGACACGGCGGUGUGAUCCACUAGAGGGCGCUGCUGCCUGGAGAUGUGCUGACGGUGUUAAAAGACGAUGCGUUUAGAAUGUACUGAAGUCUUUGGCAUCUGUUCGCAUGGACACAUGACAGAUGAUACACCAGCAGAACCUGUGAUGUCAUCGGCGUCAUCACUCCUCGUUGGAUUAAGUGAAUGCGUGCGCCACUCCUAGAAAACUGUGGUUUCUGCAGGAUUAGUCACAGCAGGAGAGUCAUAAAGGUUAAUUAUGCCCUGUGAUAAAGUGAGGACUUUACACCACGUUUAUAAACACCGGCUGGUAUCAGGGGACUUCUAAGGGCUAGGGGUGAAAGGUCAUAGGGCUUUAUGUGCAAAGGAAGGGCUGAGUUCUGACUGCUCUUUCCCAUCCGAGGCAGGACCCACAGCGACUUUCGCCUGUUGCCCCAACUUGUAGGAGAGAACAGCCUUUGUCACAUUUGGUUUCCUAUCCAGGGUGGCAGAUUUACACAGAUUUCCGAUCAAAACCAUCAUAGCUCCUGGACCAUAUCAGUUUCUGUCUAUGGGUCAGAACCUGCAUAUUUUGCUCCCUCGCGGUAUUGCAGCUGUGUAAGAGCCCAUUCGCCUGGCCUGUCCGUGGAGUGACCCCUAAAGGCACAAGCGGGGAAAAUCAAUACUGGUUGAAAGUUUCAGCUCAGUAUCACCAGCCAGGUUCUGAAGGAGACUGUGAGAGACACUGAAUGCAACCGUGUUUUGUGGGAUGGUGCAGAAGCUGGACCAGAAGCUUCCGGUUGCCAACGAGUAUCUGUUGUUGUCGGGCGGGGUGCGUGAAGGCGUGGUAGACAUGGACCUGGACGAGCUGAGCGUCUACGCCCGCGGCACGGACUACGACAUGGACUUCACCCUGCUGGUGCCGGCCCUGAAGUUGCAUGACCGCAACCAGCCUGUGACCCUGGACAUGCGACACUCGGCGCUCUGCCACUCCUGGCUGAGCCUGCGGCUCUUCGACGAGGCCACCAUCAACCGCUGGAAGGACUGCUGCACUAUCGUCGACCACAUCAACGGAGCCACAAACUACUUCUUCUCCCCGACGCUGGUGGCGGACUGGUUCUACGAGUCGAUCAGCGUGGUGCUGGACGAGGUUCAGAAGAAGCCGCAGCGGGGCAUGCCGCGCGUGGAGAAGGUGGAGAAGAACGGGACGGUAAUCUCCAUCAUCCUGGGCGUGGGCAGUAGCCGCAUGCUGUAUGACGUGGUGCCCGUGGUCUCCUUCAAGGGCUGGCCCGCCGUGGCCCAGAGUUGGCUGAUGGAGAACCACUUCUGGGACGGAAAGAUCACAGAGGAGGAGGUGAUCAGCGGCUUCUAUCUGGUGCCCGCCUGUUCCUUCAAGGGCCGCAAGGAGAACGAGUGGCGCCUGUCUUUUGCUCGUAGUGAGGUGCAGCUCAAAAAGUGCCUCUCCACCAGCCUUAUCCAGGCUUACCAGGCCUGCAAGGCUAUCAUCAUCAAGCUGCUGUCUCGACCCAAGGCCAUCAGCCCCUACCACCUGCGUAGCGUCAUGCUCUGGUCAUGUGACCGCCUGCCCGCCAGCUACCUGUCCCAGGAUGACUUCUCAGCCCACUUCCUGCUGGGCCUCAUCGAUGACCUACUGCACUGCCUGGUCAACAAGACGUGCCCCAACUACUUCAUCCCGCAGUGCAACAUGCUGGAGCACCUGUCGGAUGAGACCGCUGUGCUGCACGCACGCAAGCUGUCUUCGGUGCGCUCGGACCCCGCCGAGCACCUGCGUACGGCUAUUGAGCACGCCAAGGCCGCCGGCCGCCUCACUCUGGAGCUGCAGCGGCGCAGUAGUGGCUCCGGGCUGCCCUCACCACAGGCGGACCCCGCUGACGCGCCACCCGACGACCGACUGGCCAAGAAGCUACAGCAGCUGGUGACAGAAAACCCUGGCAAGUCCAUCUCGGUCUUCAUCAACCCCGACGACGUCACGAGGCCGCACUUUCGCAUCGACGACAAGUUCUUCUGAUCCCCUGCCUGCAAUCCUGCCCCCUUUCGUCCGUGUCCUCAGCCUCGCCCCCCUCCCCCGGUGACGUCCGCCGUGAAGCGUUGUGAAGUACAGUACGUUGUCCUGUGGUGUCCAUUCAUGUCGCGAUCUCUCUCUCCUGGAGACUCCACCUCUCCACGGCCUCCUUACGCACCGAGCCGCGAUUCCGGCGUGCCUGGUGACGGGGGGGAAAUCCCGCACGAGAUUCCGGAGACGGCUUCUUUCCAUUGGAAAGCGGAGAUGCGGGAAUCUCGUGCCACCUUGGAGAGACGUGUGUCCAGAGCGGACUCUCUGCUCCGUACUCUUGUGCAGAAUGUAAAGGGAAGCGUGUUGCUCCGGCCCCGCCAUGGCUGGCGGGAUUAUGACGUCUGGCAGAGGAGCCAAAGAUCCUGGCUCCUUCCUGUUUCCUUUCUUAUUGGUUCUUAGCUGUAAAAUUUUAUGAGGGGAAUGUGUGUAAUGGGACCUGUAGGUGACGGCCCGUGGUCUUUCGCCAAGACUACGGCCGGCUCCCCUGUAAGACCCCCGAUUCCAUUUCUCAGUGUGGGAACAGCUCCAGUUAACGAACGCUGCAGGACUCUACAUGAUGGAGCAAAGCACCUUGGCAGCCCUGGGCUCCAUCUCCAAGUGCAAUUAGUUAGAACACGCGUGCACGUACCCCCAUGAACUCACACACACACUGGCGCACACGCGAGGAAGAUAGUCUAUAAAGCCGUUACUUUCGUCUUGUGAUGAUCUGCUCAGUGAUACGAUGCUUGAAAUACUGUCUUAUUUAUUUCCGGGAGCGUUUAAGCACCCUGCUCUUCGUCAUGCACACACGAUGUCUUGUUCGGUUUCUUUGCUGCUAUCCUGAACUGGUUGGAUGAAGCGGCCAGACACGUUUUUGAUUAUGCAACUUCAGUUUAACACUACGUGUAUCUGUUGAGCGGGUGUGGAUGUGCUCAUCCUUCGCUGUAUGUAUGUUGUCGCAUAAAGUCACCUCACUGGCCGAAAGGACCUGUCACGAGCCUUCGGAGAAGGGUGUCCAAUGAUGUGCAUUGUGUUGAGAAGGAGGCCCAAUCAGGUGUCUCCUGUUCCAGGAAUGGCCUGCUCUCCAGUCUCGUGGCUUAACCCUCCUCUGAAGCCAGUGGAGCAGCAGUUUCGUUCAGUUCCUAUACAUUGUAUAUAUCAAACCAAUCCAGUAAUAAAGGCACUCAUAUCAGA